AUGCCCUCAUACGCUAAGUUUCUUAAGGAGAUCUUAUCUAACAAGAAGAAGAUUAAGGAUAACAAAACCGUUACACUUACUGCUGAGUGUAGCACUAUAAUUCAAAACAAUAUGCCUCUUAAGCUAAAAGACCUAGGGAGUUUCUACAUACCCUGUGUAAUCGGAAAGUUUGUCAUAGACAAAGCACUAUGCGACUUAGGAGCCAGUAUUAGCUUAAUGCCCUUAUCCAUAUGCAAAAGGCUUAAAAUGGAAGAGUUGAGACCAAAUAGGAUGUCUGUACAACUUGCAGAUCGUUCUGUUAAAUUUCUUGUAGGUAUGCUAGAAAAUGUUCCAGUGCGCAUAGGUCAAUUCUAUAUUCCCACUGAUUUCAUAAUCAUGGACAUAAAGGAGGAUUCCAAUAUCCCUAUCAUAUUAGGAAGACCAUUCUUAGCUACUGCCGCAACUAUUAUAGAUGUAAAGAAAGGAAAGCUAACCUUUAAAGUCAGCGAGGAAAAAGUCGAAUUUAGUUUGACGUAA